AAACUGAACGUCUCCCAGGAGGGAUCUCCCCAUGGAAAUUUCCCCCUUGUUUCCUACAAAUAUUUCACCAUUUUUAUUGUUCGCAAGCUCACAUAUUUUUUACUUUGUUUCCAUUGCAUAAUACCCCUUGUUCCCUAGAAACCCCUGGAUGACCCUCAAAACUACAUUCAAAAAUUUAAUUUACAACAUCCAAAAGCAGUAGGCUUUUCCCAUUUUAGAAGUCUGCGAUGUCAAUGGUUAUAUGACCAUAUUCCCUUUUUAGCUUACUGUAGAUAGUAGGCCAAAAACUCUGUCUGGCAAGCAAACUCAUAAUCCAUUGUCUUCCUAUGACAAUUUGUCUUAAAAAUCCCUCUUUUCUCCAUGCUCUUCAACCCCCAAAUGCAAACAUAUUAUUAGGCCUCGAAAUCUUAAUUGAAUAUCUCAAUCAAGAAUAAUUUCAAAUUCCCUUGUUUCCGAUAUGUGUGCAAAUAGCCGUCCAAAAAUAAAACAAGAGCGUCCAUAUUGUUGGUCGUUGAUUUAUCAACUCAAGUUAUUAAAUUACUGACUUUGCGAUAUAUGGUUGAUAUAUAAAAAUAACACUUGGAAUUUGAAGAGAGGAAUGACGGGAAAAUGGAGGGAAGAAAUAAGAAAGAAUGGAUGGAUGGAUGGAUGGAUGGAUGGAAAAAGAAGGGAGAAAAGGAUGGGGAAAAUUUGCAUAAUCUGCAUCGGCGCGGUUACCAAGCUCAAGACACAUGACGUGACGACGUUCCCAACUUUGUUGUGUUUUGAGCAAAUCUUGUGCAAAUUGAGCUUCGCUGUAUUUUAAUAUUUUCAUUUUUAAUUUACAAGCAAACGUCGUGAAGGCUUCUACACAUGAAUUCAGCAACUUAGAAACGUCAACAUGCAAGUCUAUAUUGUCGAAUUUGCAAGAAAUAUAGAAAUGGCUAAAUAUAUUUUCUGUACCAAUGGAUGCCAAAUAUCUAUGACACAUUGACUUCCGACGAUAUUAAAAUAUUUUCUUUUCUUCUUGUUUGCGUAUUGAAACGAUGUUUUCAAAAAAUGUACCAAGGCUUUUAAAAGGAAGAGAAGAAAACGUAAGUAUGAAACCUAUAGAUUUUAAACAACAUUUGUGUAUACAAAUUUAUUAAUAGUCCAAUUAUAUAUUUUUUUGAUAUUGUUUACAUGUUUGAACUUGAUUUCUGAAUUGUCUUGCUAGCUUUCAGUCUUUCAUUGUGUGUGAGUGUAUCUUAUUAUGUUUCUUAUUUUUAAAACAGGAAAGAUUUAACAGAACACUGCAGAAUAAAUUACAGGUUUAUGGACAGCUUGUGAAGCGAUUAGCUUUAGAAACAGAACUUCAGGUAAUUCUUCGGGUAAUUCAAUAAUAUCUUGCAAAUUAUUAAUAUAAAAUGUUGUACAUUAAUGCUCUAGUCCCUAAUGGGGCCAAGAAGAUGGGCUGUUUAUAUGAAAGCAAGCCAACAUAAAUCUCCAAGCCAACUUGUUUUUACCGAGAAUUUUCAGCUGUGUUUACAUAAGAUGUUCUGGAGUGGGUAAUUAAUUGCCUGAGUGUAUGGAAGCUGGUCAACUCGGCCACAGAAUAGGAAGUUAUACCAGAAGCGUAACUCGAGCAAAUAUUUGUCCGCGUUUUUACAAGCGAUUCGUCAUCAAUCACACCAUCCUGGCUAGUACAACCGGCACUUUGUACCUACCAAAUCCUGAUAAAAACUUCCGGCUGUACUAGCCAGGAUGGCGUGGCCUGACGUGAGCGAGUUAAAAUUUUCGUGGACGUCAAACAAUAAGGGAAACGACUAGAGUUACGCUUCUGGUAUAACUUCCUAUUCUGUGACUCGGCCCAGUGACUAACUCGGCCCAUACCAUCUUGGCCCAAUUGUUAACUACUGUUUGACAUAUUAGGAAAGCUAAUAUUUUACAGAAGAUAGCACCAAACCAAUACAGCCAUUUGCAGUUGCAUUGGGCAUACAGUUGAGUAAAGUUUGAGAACAUCUAGUUUGACUUAAUUUAAUUGAAGAAUCUAUCGAAGUUUCCAAUUCUCGAUCUGUCCGUUUUGAUACUAAAUUACUGAUCAUUCAGAUCUCUCUCAAAAUUUGCAAAGAUAGAAUGCAGUCAUGGCUCCUAGCUUGUUUAGUGGUUAGAUUAGUCAGUUUACGAGCGGCCGGAGUUGUCCCUUGAACGGUGGGCCGAGUUGGUUAGUGGGCCGAGUUGACUGUAAAGCGCCUGUAUAUGGGAAAUACCCACCCUAAAGGCUGGUCAAUUAACAAGAAUGAAAGUUCAAUGAGAGUUAGCAAGCAAGAGUUUGCAUGUUGCAUGAGAGUUGGCUGGAUAUUACUGCAUGCAUAGCAGAAACUCUCCAACUCUCGUCAAUAUUUGAACCAGUCCAAAGUCGAUGAGUUGGUGGUCAAAUUCGAGUGAGAGUUGCUAACCUCAUCAACUCUCAUCUUCAUCAAGCAGCCUCACUUGGUUCCCAUGAAAAUGCAAGUUGAAGUUCGAUCAGAAAUAUUAACAACAGGUGAAUCCUAAGGUUACCGUGGCUGGCUUGCCUUCACAUAAACAGUCUUUUACUGUAGAAUUUGGGGGUACGUCUUUGUCAACUUUGAUUUAUUUUGUUGAUUUUAAACAAUCCAGGGUCACGAAGGAUGUGUCAAUUGUUUGCACUGGAACACAAGUGGCAGGUAGCUAUAUGUCUAUGUAAAAUAUAUGUUUUGUGUAUCUAAAUGACUAGUGACAAACUAACUAUAAUGUGUAACCAAUACAUAUUUGAGAUUAUACCAGUGUUUAUUAUUUAGCAUUCUAGCUUCAGGAUCAGAUGAUCUUCAUGCCAUAUUAUGGGAUCCAUUCAAACGCAGAAUAAAACAUAAAAUCAACACUGGACACAGCGCCAAUAUUUUCUCUGUAAAGGUACAUUUGCAACUGAAUUUUCCUGUUUUUGCUUUCCUAUUAAAAAUAUUUAUUUCUAAUACAUUGCUGUGGUUUGGGUGAGAAAUUUCAUGCAAAAGAUGAAAAAUUCCCUGGAUCAGGGAAUUUUCCUGUUUCCCUGAAGCUGUAGCCUGCGCUCAGGUGCAGCACCUGUCAUGCCUUAAAACUUGCCUGACACCAGAAAGCCUUUGCAUGGAGGCUCUGACACAGACAGACAUGGAAAAAGCCUUUCAGGAGGCUCUGACACAGACAGGUUAUUGUACUAUAUGUGACCCGUGUUGAUUACAUGUACAUUCUUUAUUAUUGUUCAGUUUAUGCCGCACACUGGUGACCAAGUGUUGGUUACAGGUGCUGGAGACUUUCAAGUCCGUGUUCAUUCUGUACCACAGCAAGAUACGAUCCAGACGUUUAAAUGUCACGCAACCCGAGUCAAACGUCUUACAACAAGUCCUGAUGCUCCACAUUUGGUUUGGAGUGCCUCCGAAGAUGGCACGAUUAGGUAGGUUUUUGCAAGCAUAUGUGGUAGUCGAUUUUCCUAAUUUUGAUAUCAUUGCAACACAACAUACUUUGUUACACUCAUGAUCAUAGAGUCUGACCCAAUAAACUACCCUUCCAGAAAGUAUAUUACAUUGGUUAUCAAGUCUCGUUUUCAUGAUUGAGAUACUUGGAUUAAACAGAUCUCACAUACAUGAAAACGAGGCUUUAUAACCAAAGUAACAUACCUUCUGGAAGGGUGUAUUCAAUAGAAUACGAGACUAAUUUCAUAACAGACUUGAUAGACCCUGUGAAAAAUGCAGUCAAUUUGAAAGAGGCUUGGAGUGCACUACACUUACAUCAUACAAAGAACUUAAUACACUUACAGUAAUGUGCAGUCAUUCAAGAUUUUACGUCUUGUCUCAAGUAAAACAUGAUGGAUGCAGUAUAAAUUACAGUAACACAUUUGUUUAUACUUUUAGGCAAUUUGAUUUGCGUGAAUCUCACAUGUGUCAUUCAAAUGAGAACUGCAAGAAUACUUUGCUUGACCUGUUGAUUCAUGUCGGACCUAAUUGCGAAGUGAAAUGUAUUGAAGUUAAUCCAUGCCGCUCAGAACUUCUGGCAAUUGGCUGUAGUGAUCCUUACGUACGGUUGUAUGAUAGACGUAUGCUUACAAAACAUUGCACAACUUUAGGGGUGACUCAUUGCUCUACUCAAACUUGUCCAAAUGCCACGGCAAGCUUGCCAAGCAGCUGUGCUCGGUACUUUACGCCCGGUCAUCUACCUUGUAACUCACGCCGUGGAAAGCGGAGAUCUAUAGUAUCAACUUACUUAACAUUCAGUCCAAAUGGUCAGGAACUUUUGGUGAAUUUAGGUGGUGAACAGUUAUACUUGUUUGAUAUCAAUACACAGCGUUCACCAUUGUCAUAUACACCAGCAUGUUUUGGUACCGAGAACGCCAGUACAUCAUCACGUAAUGGUUUUGUACAUCAUGAAACGAGUGGUGUUACUGAUGAGAAGAAAGCUACCAGUGCCACUUUAACUAAAAGGAAACUGAGUGAUACAAAUAAAAGUAAACCGCCUAGCGCAAAUGGUUACACAAUAGCUAAAGGGCAUGAAGAAGAUACAAGUACACCUGAAAAAUCUCCACAACUCUUUGGGAAAGCACUGGAGCUAAAAGGCCGAGCAAAUGUGGAAUAUGAACACAAAAAUUACUGGGGAGCAAUAAACUUGUACAAUCAAGCCCUUAUCUUAGCUCCAGAUUCUGCUAUUCUCUAUGCCAAUAGGGCUGCUGCUUACUUGAAACGUGGCUGGUAAGUACUUAGCUUAGAAGAGGGCUAAUAUACAGCAGAAAUAUUCAACAAUUAUUGAAUGAGGUUGAGUAGGAUAUGAGGAAUUAUUAAAGCCGAGAUUUGUGUUAUCUGCAGAAGCCAAAGUCUGCAGAAGCCAAAGUCUGAGGCAGAGAACACAAACCGAGGCCUUAAUAAUUCCUCAUAUCCUGUGAGAAUUGAAUUCAAUAAUUGUUUUAUUAUUUAUUUGUGGGAAUACACAAAAAAGGUCGGCGAACCUUGCCUUUGAGGAAGCCAUUUGUAUUUUCCCGCUUUUGGCAUAAGCCGCAUAAAUUAGCGUGACCUCAUAGCGUGUUACAUUGUUUUUCAAUAUACCGCGAAAUUAUUUCACCGACAGUCCUUAGCCAAUCAAAACUCUUGAAUUAUUUUCAAUAAAUAAUAAAAAAACAAUGGUCUAAAGUUUGUCAUGUCUUCUUAUAUCUUCAUUUUGAUAGGUAUGGGGAUGUGUAUGCCGCACUUCGUGAUUGUGAACAAGCUCUAACACUUGAUUCAAACAGUUCCAAAGCAGCUUACAGACAAGCUCGAUGUUUAUUUGAAAUGGAGUGGUUUCCAGAAGCCGAGGCUUGCCUUACACGUUUUAUGACGUGUUUUCCAGAUGAAUGCAAUACGAAAUUGGUGAAAGGUCUGGAGCGGGAUAUUAAGGCUGCUUUGGUCUCACAGACGGAAGGUAAGUAUGAGGAGAAACACUACUUUUUACGUGUGAAAUUGUGCCCUGCUUUGUCGUUUUAUUAUGUCUAACUACAGAUACUUUUACCGGGGAGUGUUGGGCAAGUUGUAUCUGCUUGCUUUGCUGACAUAUUGUUUCUUUUAGAUGGUAAUGGAAAGGCUUCAAACCGCGAGAGAUCAAGAAGACAUGAGUUUUACCCAAGCUCAGUUAUAGGAUCGUUAAGAAAGAUAAAUGAUUGUGAGCAAGGACUGAGAAAAGAGUCAAGUGACUAUAAGGCACGAUUCUGUGGCCAUUGCAAUACUACGACAGAUAUCAAGGAGGCAAAUUUCUUUGGUGCUGAUGGUGAAUAUGUUGUUGCUGGCAGCGAUGAUGGUAGUUUCUUUCUCUGGGAAAAAUCAACAACAAAUUUGUUAAGAAUUUUGAAAGGUGAUGAUUCGAUAGUUAACUGUUUACAACCACACCCAAGUGGUUGUAUCUUAGCAACGAGUGGCAUAGACCCGGUCGUGCGUUUGUGGAGCCCGCAGGCCGAGCACCCUGAGGAAACUGGUGAUGAGCGACGGGUUCCAGAUAAUGAGUUUGCACAGGUGGCCAAAGAUAAUCAAAGACGAAUGAAGACUGAUCCUUUUGAAGUGAUGAUGAUGAAUUUAGGGUAUACAGUGACGCGGGACGGAGCGGGGAGUGAUGAUAGCGAGGGGGAAUAUGGGAGUGUGAUGUCACAGAAUUGUCAUGCUAGUUAAUGUGUAGGGGGUUGAUAGCGCGGUGGUGAUUUCAGGGUAUACAGUGACGAGGGAGGUGGCGGGGAGUGAUGAUAGAGUGUGUGAUGUCACAGAAUUGCCAGGGGGUUGAUAGUGACAAGGUGUAGUGGGAAAUUAUGGUAUUGUGGGUGAAUUUUUCAUGGUAGUUAGAGGUUAAAAGGUGGGGUUUAGAAGAUCAGGGCUACUUUUCCAUCUAAUGCAAUUUGAUGUUAGAGAUCAGGUUGAAUAUAUGAUAUAUACAGUUGGCCCUUCUGAGAUAUUUACACCUUGUUGCUGUAGUGUAUGGUACAUGCACUGUGGUGUAUGGUACCACAGUUAAUGGAUGGUACAUGCACGCUAUUAUACAUUGUAUAUAAUUGGCUUCCAGGAAGCAUGUACUGUAGUAAUGAAUAGUGAUGAUAUAUUAUAAUUUAUUAUCGUAUAAAAUAAUAUAGUAUAAUUCUGGCAUAGAAAAAUUGUGUAUUAAUUGAUAUAAUUAUAUGUAAA